GACAGAAAGAGAAGACGUAAUGGAGUGCUCCUGAGCGUCCUUGCCAUGAAAAUCACUUUAAUAUUCGACAGUUUUCACAGACGGGAGUUGCAAUGAAGGAUGCAUGUAUGCUCACUUCAGCUCAUCGAUUGUCCUCCUCUUGAACAGAAGAUGCUUUCUUUCGAGAUCACGCCAUGUUCAGUCACAGGCACUGAUGAAAGCUGCCGGCGGGGGCCUCCUCCAUGUGGGCAUCAUGUUGCGGGCUGCUGAACGAGGUCAUGGGCACUGGGGCUGUCCGCACUCAGCAGCCGGGCUUCGGAGCCGGAGCGGGACCGUUUCGAUUCGCCCCGAGCGCUGGAUACUCCACAUACCCACCCAGCAGCACCACCUCAGGAAGCGCAGGCCUGGCGUGCAAAGCCUGCGGACUGGCCUUUUCUGUGUUCAGACGGAAGCACGUCUGCUCCGACUGCAAGAAGAGCUUCUGCUCGCUGUGUUCGGUGCUGCAGGAGAAUCUGCGGCGCUGCUCCACCUGCCACCUGCUGUGGGGAACGGCCUUCCAGCGGCCCCGGCUCAUGCGGCUGCGCGUCAGAGACCUGCGGCAGUACCUGACGCUGCGCAACAUCAACACCGACACCUGCAGGGAGAAGGAGGACCUGGUGGACCUGGUGCUCUGCCAUCUGGGCGCUGAGCUGGAGCUGGGGGAGGACGAGGAGGAAGAGGAGGAGGAGGAAGAGGAAGCGGAUACGGACAGUCUGCCGUCACUCCCGCGCUCGCUCUCCACGCCGCCGGCCUCUGCAGCGCGCUCGUCCUCCCAGCAGUCGGCGCUGUCUGCGGCCGCGUCUCAGGGAGAAGCUCUCAGCCGCAGCGAUAGCUCAGGGACAAACAAUCAGGAUCAUGGAGAUGCUGCGUCAGUUUCCCUCCUCAACCUGGAGUCUCAUGACGACAUGCUGGAGGCGAGUCCAGCGACACAGCGGCGCGCUCGAGCCUCGCUCUCGGAUCUGGCCCACGAGGACGACAUUGAGAGCCUCACAGUGCGGCAGCUCAAGGAGAUUCUCGCACGGAACUUCGUCAACUUUUCCGGCUGCUGUGAGAAGUGGGAACUGGUGGAGCGAGUCCAUCGCCUGUACAGAGAGAACCAGCUCAACAGAAGAUCCAUGGAAAAUGUAAGCAACAGUCUUGCUGCAGAUGGUGUGCAAGUGGCUCAGCUGGGCGGCGCUGAUGAGAACCUGUGCCGGAUCUGCAUGGACGCCGUGAUCGACUGCGUUCUGCUGGAGUGCGGGCACAUGGUGACCUGCACCAAAUGCGGAAAGAGGAUGAGCGAGUGCCCCAUCUGCAGACAGUAUGUGGUGCGCGCCGUGCACGUCUUCAAGUCUUAACGCCAGCUUCACUUCCCACUGGAACAAAAAAAAAAAA